GCUGUUUGGAAUUGUCUUACGAAAUAUAAAUCUAGCCUUCCUCACUUCCCUCAGACAGAAACAUGCGAGCUUCUUAUUGUCGAUAGAUCUGUAGAUCAGGUUGCUCCAAUCAUACAUGAGUGGACAUAUGAUGCCAUGUGUCAUGAUUUGCUGAACAUGGAGGGAAAUAAGUAUGUGCAUGAGGUUCCAAGCAAAACGGGUGGCCUUCCUGAGAAGAAAGAUGUACUUUUGGAGGAUCAUGACCCAAUCUGGUUAGAGCUUCGCCAUGCACAUAUUGCAGAUGCUAGUGAACGACUGCACGAAAAGAUGACGAACUUUGUCACAAAAAAUAAAGCAGCACAAAUCCAUCAUGGUUCCAGAGAUGGAGGUGAGUUGUCUACUCGGGAUUUGCAGAAAAUGGUUCAAGCUUUGCCUCAAUAUAGCGAACAAAUUGAGAAACUCUCUCUCCAUGUAGAUAUUGCUGGAAAGUUGAACAAAAUUAUCAGAGAGUUUGGGCUUAGAGAACUUGGGCAAUUAGAGCAAAAUCUUGUCUUUGGAGAUGCAGGAACAAAGGAUGUUAUCAAUUUUCUGAGAAUGAAUCCGGAUGUUACGCAUGAAAACAAGUUGCGCUUGUUAAUGAUAUAUGCAGCAGUUCAUCCUGAGAAAUUUGAAGAUGAUAAACUUGCAAAACUAAUGGAGUUAGCAAGGUUGCCUCAAGAUGAUAUGAAUGCCGUUUACAAUAUGAGGUUACUGGAGGCAGCAUCAGAAAACAAAAAAAGCUCAAUUGUACCAUUCUCUCUUAAAUUUGAUGUUAAUAAGAAGAAGCAUGGUGCAAGAAAAGAACGCAAUGAUGAAGAAUCAGCGUGGCAAUUAUCUCGUUUUUUCCCCAUGAUUGAGGAACUUGUUGAAAAAUUGAGUAAAGGUGAUCUCCCGAAGGAUGAGUAUCCAUGCAUGAAUGACCCAAGUCCAACUUUUCAUGGGACUUCACAGGGUGCAUCAAUGCGACCAAAUAAUGUUCCAGCUCCUCAUUCAAUGAGAUCUAGACGGACGGCAACUUGGGCACGCCCUCGAAAUUCUGAUGAUGGCUAUUCAAGUGAUUCAGUUCUGAGACAUUCAUCAAGUGAUCCUCAGAAGAUGGGCCAACGUAUUUUUGUAUUUAUAGUUGGUGGAGCAACUAGAUCCGAGUUACGAGUUUGCCAUAAAUUAACAACAAAGCUAAAGAGAGAAGUAGUAUUAGGUUCAUCUAGCCUUGAUGAUCCUCCACAAUUCAUUACGAAAUUGAAACUCUUGAAUGCCAGUGAAUUAUCAUUGGAUGAUCUCCAAAUCUAAGCUACGAGCAGAUACUCGGUGAAUCUUUUCUCCAGGCUUGCAUUUCUAUUGUAACAAUAUAUGUCAUCUCCAUUCAUUUUAUGACACCUUCAAUUAGAUGCCCGAAGCUUCCAGGAGUAUUUUGUGUACCAGUGUUGUGCAUUCUGUUAAUCUGUGAAUGCUGCUGCAUAACGGCGACAGAACAAAGGUCCUGCCAUGGCAUUUUGGCUGGGUUGUAAUUGAGUCCAUAACCACCACCCCAUGGUGUGUAUAAAUAUCCUUCCCAUUUCUUACUUAGUGAAACAAGUUCGAAUGUUCAAUUGUGUUGUAGAUGUUGAUUUUCAUUUUAUUUCUCUUUUAUUUCUUUUUUUAUUUUUAUUUUUUUAUAAAUUCGUAUUUUUAGGUUUUUGUUUCUUUCACAUGGUUUUUAUUUGAUGAGUCAUCCCCUUUUGGGCAUUGCUGUCGUUUGGUUUUGAAUAAAAAGUGUGGUUCUUUACUCCCUUUU